UCUUCCCGCAGAUCAACAGGUUUGUUGUUCUUACUCGACGGGAACUGGGACACAAUAAUGAUCUGUAAUAUUUGUCUCGUAUCUCUUGUGCUUCUUGGACUAACGAUCAACCUUAAGGCCGAGGACGUGCUGGUGACGGUCCAGCAAGGAAGCCUGCUGGGAAGUACGGCCACGAGCGACUACAACACGUCCUACACGGCCUUUCUGGGAAUCCCGUACGCCGAGCCUCCUGUUGGAGAGCUGCGCUUCCAGGAUCCGCAGCCAGCUGGUAGCUGGGAGGGUGUGCGCAACGCCACCUCAUACGGCAGCGACUGCGUGCAGAACACGGGUGACGGCUCCGAGGACUGCCUCUACCUAAACGUGUACGUGCCGGGCGUACCGGAGGAGGGUGCAGGGCUGCCCGUGCUCUUCUGGGUGCACGGUGGAGGGUUCGUCUACGGCAGCGGCUCAGACCAGGAGCAUGGGCCCGACUUCCUUGUCUCCUACGGUGUCAUACUCGUCACCAUCAACUACCGCCUGGGGCCACUCGGCUUCCUGAGCACAGGAGAUGAAGUCAUUCCCGGCAACGCAGGUGUCAAGGAUCAGCACCUGGCGCUGACCUGGGUGAAGCAGAACAUCGCCAGCUUCGGUGGCGACCCAGACCUCGUCACCCUGCAGGGGCAGAGUGCGGGAGGCAGGGCCGUCUCAUUACAUCUCGUCUCGCCUCUUUCCUCAGGCCUGUUCUCGCGGCUGAUUAUCCAGAGCGGUAACUUCAUCGUGACUUCAGUUCCCCUGGAAGCGGCUCGUAGGAACGCCUUCAGACUGGGGGCUGCCCUGGGCUACGAGACGGAUGACUCCCAGCAGCUGGUGGACUUCCUGCGCUCUGUCAACGCUACGGACCUGCUGGUGGACAGCUCACUCAUACUGACAGACGAGGUUUGACGUAUGAUUUUGGCAG